AUGGACUUCCUCCGUCAAGAAGAGCAAAAGUACCCCGCUCUGGCGGCGCGCUACGCCCGCUUGUCCGAGCUCUUCGGACGCAAGCUGUAUCAUGAACUAACGGUGGACAUCUUGGCCUUCGUGAAGGAUGAAACCACUGCGAUUGGGACCAACUGGUAUGAUCUGUACGCGCAGUUCCUCUCGACGUUCCAGGAGAAGAUCAACCAACUGUCACUCGUCACGAUCUGCGGACACAUUGCGCAACGCUUUGCUGAUCCCCAACAAGCGGUCACGUUCCUGACAUCAAUCUUGACGUAUCUUCAAACGAAGAAGACCAAGAUCACUCAGCACACGACGCCCAACCCCCACGCCAUCGAGUCCGUCUUGGUGUGCCGCAUGUACACGGCGAGCUUCCAGGUCAAGUUGAAGCAAUUGGCCGAAGUCAAGGCCAUCUUGGCCGACAACAAAGAAGCAGUCGAAGGGCUUGUGGGCGCCGACCCGGUUGUCCACGCUGCCUACUACCGCGUCGCAUGCGAGUACUACUCGGCUGUUGGCCCCGCAGACAAGUUUUACAAGAGCGCGUUGAUGUUCUUGGCGUAUUCUCUGUAUGACGACAUCCAGCCGGCGGAACGUUUCGCUCUGGCCGUCAAUAUCAGCAUUGCCGCACUCACGGGGGAGAACGUGUUCAAUUUUGGCGAAGUGCUGGCGACGCCCAUCUUGAGUGCAUUGAAAGGCACUGACAAGGAGUGGCUCAGCGAGUUGCUUCACGCGUUCAACCGAGGAGAUAUUGACCAGUUCAAUAUCAUUGUCGGCAACCAUCGCGCCGAGUACAAUGCCCAGCCUGCAUUGGUAAACAAGGCGGAUUACGUCAAGGAAAAGGUGGCGCUGCUGGCUCUGAUGGUGCUGAUCUUUCACCGUCCAUCUCAAGAGCGCAAUAUUCCAUUUCACGACAUCGCCACGGCCACCAAAUUGCCUCUGAACCAGGUGGAAUGGCUCACUAUGCGUGCGUUGUCGCUGGGGUUGAUCAAAGGAACGAUCGAUCAAGUGGACCAGAUCGUGUCGGUGCAUUGGGUGCAGCCACGAGUGUUGGAACGCCAGCAACUGCAAGAAUUGCAGGAACGUUUGGGCGGAUGGAGCAACAAGGUCAAGGAUACGCUGCUGUAUGUGGAAGACCAAACCCCCGAACUGUUUCAGUAA